GGUGCACUCAAUUUCUCGACUCUAGACUCAGACAACAAUUAUCUUAGCUUACCACGAUCAACAGAAAAGAUGAUAGAAGGCACAGAUCAGUCACACCACCAAGCUCAACCUGUUGAGCUACCGUUUGAAAUUAUAACUUACAUCGUGGACUUUUUUGUCGAUCUAUUGGACGAAGACUCCGGGUCCGGCGCUGGAAGCUCUACUUCAUCUCCCAAACUUCUCCCUUUGCGAUUGAUAUCUAAGUCAUGGUCUAAAGUUAUCAUACAAACUUAUUUUCGUACUAUUCGCUUGGACAACUCAAAACGCGUACAAAUCAUUCUGGACAACUGGACUGAUGCGCUAUAUGGUCCGAACCAACCUUGCCCCGUUAAGCACCUUUACAUCGGAGACUUAAUGUACAAUUUAGACCCAGACAGUAAAGCAGAAUGUAAAGUCAAAGUCGGUCGUAAAGAAUCACCACCGGUAUCGAUCGACCAGGCGGUACGACUAAUUAACCUGCUCGGAGCCAACAUAUACCAUUUGAGCCUCGCAUAUAGUUGGUCAAUGGGUAUCUCGCCAGCCAUGCUGGAGGCUGUUAAGGCCCUCGAAGAUCUGGAAGAAUUGCGCAUCUUACAUCAUGAGACCUACUAUAGAAAAUCACGGGGGACUUACGAUUCGAAAUCCUUGGGCGAUCUACUUGCCGUUGUGCCUCAACUCGAAUGCCUGACGCUUCGUUAUCAUAAACUCGACGGGAUGCAACUAGAGGCCAUCUCUCUAGCCAACUUGAGACAAUUCACCUUCACCUCUGCUCAACACAAUGCCAAAGAGAUUGCUCACAUUUGUGAGACCGCAAAGAAUAGUUUGACAGUUGUUGAGUUUCACUCAGAGGGUCUUGUAAAUGAUCUCGAUAUCAUAUUGGCACCAAUCCAAGCUAACCUCGAAGGCUGCUUUGCUUAUGGUUAUGGUUGCCAGCUUCCGGAGUCUGUUCUCAAGAUGGAAUUUCCAAAACUCCGUGUACUAGGCAGAACCGAUUGUCCCAAACAAAAACGUUACCCAAUGGAUUGGCUAGAUUGGCCCAUGUUUCGAAACGUUAGAACCAUUGUUCAGGACACCUAUCAAGCGGAGGGUGAUUGGAUAAAGACUUUGGAACCAGCCAGUCCGGAAUGUUUUCAAGUAGUACCAAAAUUGAAACUUAUGAUCUUUACCAUGGUGGGAUAUGAUAUGUAUCCUAUAAGUCCUAAAAUGGUCGAGGUCUUCAAAAAGGGCGGGGUUGAGUGUUACUAUACAUAUGAAACACCACAUUUGGAACUUGAUGACAUAAUGGAGCUAGAGCUCGACCUCCAUGAGCUGGAUGAAGACACAUGA